AUGAAGAAGCAACACCCUCAGAAGGAGGUGGAGCAGUUUUGGGACAAAUUCACCACCAAGCACCCGGGCAAGAUCUUUACCAUCCUGCCUGACAACCUCUACGCGAAGCGCGCCGCCGCCCACCACAAGAAAGAGCGGGAUGCCGGGAGCCCGCAGGCCCAAAAUGCCAUGGCCUCCUACGAGGAGGCGGUGGACGCGUGUCAAGAGAAGGUCCGGAAAAUAGUGCGCGACUGCCGGCGCAUCAACCAGAAGUACAGAGAUCCCCACUUUGAUCUUGAGACGGAUUUCCGGCGAAGCAAGCAGAUGGGCGUCCCUCCGGACUGUCUGACUACAUUAGGCGAGACCACGUCUGAGCUCAAGCCCAUGUCCGUGAAAAGAAUAGAGGACAUCUUCGAUAACCCGCGCUUCUUCGUCGACGGCGCCUCGGCAAAUGAUAUUCGGCAGGGCAAUGACGGCGACUGCUGGCUGAUGUCCGCCCUAUGCACGCUGAGCAACAAGAAGGAUCUGAUUGACCGCGUCUGCGUUGCGCGCGACGAAGACGUCGGUGUUUACGGUUUCGUCUUCCACAGAGAUGGAGAGUGGAUCUCCGAAGUUAUUGACGACAAGCUCUACCUUAUCAAGGAGGAUUUCGAUGACUCGAUCCGCGACCGCCACCAAUGGCUCGAGCUGCAGAACAGAAAAAGCCCCGAGGAGGAGUACCGGACUGUGAUGCAGACCGGCUCCAGAGCGUUGUACUUUGCGCAAUGCAGCGACCCCAAUGAGACAUGGCUGCCGCUAUUGGAAAAGGCGUACGCCAAAGCUCACGGUGACUACUCAGCCAUCGAUGGCGGCUUUGUGGGGGAGGGCAUCGAGGAUCUCACCGGCGGUGUCACCUCCGAGCUGUUCUCCACAGACAUUCUCGACAAGAAUAAGUUCUGGCAGGAGCUCAUGCAGGUGAACAAAGAAUUCCUCUUCGGCUGCGGUCAGAUGGGUGGCAGCUACGGUGAGAGGAAAGGCAUCCAGGAGAAACAUGCCUACUCAAUUAUGGAGGCCAGAGAGAUAGGAGAGCACAGAUUACUCAAGCUGAGGAAUCCAUGGGGUAAGACAGAGUGGCGUGGAGCCUGGUCUGAUGGGUCUGAGGAGUGGACUCCUGAGCGGAUGCACGCACUCAACCACCGUUUCGGAGAUGAUGGUGUCUUCUGGAUCAGCUACAAGGAUCUCCUGCGCCACUACCAGCACUUCGAUCGCACCCGCCUUUUCGGCCCUGAGUGGACCAUCACCCAGCAGUGGACCAGCCUCAACGUUCCGUGGUCCGUCGACUACCUCGACACCAAGUUUACCAUCACCCUCAACAAGGCGAGCCCAGUCGUCAUCGUCCUCCAGCAGCUUGAUGACCGUUACUUUGCCGGUCUCGAGGGUCCCUAUGACUUCCACCUCCAGUUCCGCGUCCACAGGGGAGAUGAGCCCGACUACAUUGUUCGCAGCAAUGGCCCCUACUACAUGAAGCGCUCUGUCAGCACAGAGAUUGAUCUUGAGCCCGGCACAUACACGGUCCUUCUCAAGAUCACGGCUAAGCGCUAUGCAAGGCCCACUCCUAUUGAGGUCGUGCGGGACAAUUGCUUCAACCGCAGGGAGAAGUUGCUUUCGACCGGCCUCAGCUAUGAUCUUGCUCACGCCAAGGGCCAAUUCAAGCAGCUGGCCAGGGAUGAAAAACAACGACAGAAGAGGGAGCGCAAGGCCCUGGAGAAGGCGAAGAGGAAGAAGCAUCACGAGAAGAUGCGCAAGCAGCGCCAGAAGGCAAAGCUUCGGGAGCAGAAGAAGCAAAUCAGGCGUGCCCAGAAGCAGGCCGAAGGAGCAGCACCAAACGGUGUUCCGACCCCUCUGUCAUUGGACGACAAGGUCGACGCUGCCGACCCGCUUGGCAUCUGUAUGAGCGACGACGCGGAAGAGACCAAGCAAUCUGGCCGCUCCCACCACCGCGGUAGGUCUUCGACUUCUGGCGCUCAGGUCCCUAUGCGAGUUGAGGCAGCGCACAACGCCAUGGAAAACUCUGGUGCAUUCCAGGGUCGUGGAGGUUACAAUGGUCGUGGCGGCUACAACGGCCGUGGCGGAUACAACGAAUCCACCGAGUCCUUCCCCGAGAUCGUCACCGAACCCGCCGAGGACAAGGUUCCUUCCCACCACAACUCACCCUCCCUGACCUUCCAAGCUCCUACUCCGAUCGACGGCGAGCCUGGGUUCGGAGGCCGCGGUGGUUACAAUGGCCGUGGUGGCUAUAACGAGGGACGUGGCGGCUACAAUGAGGGCCGCGGCGGUUACAAUGAUGGUGAAAAUGAUUCACACCCCCACACCCCUCGCUCGUUGGGUACUCCCGAGAUUGGUGCGCCGCCCAACGCAUACGACCGCCGCCCUCCUGCCGAGACCUUGCCCAUUGAGGGCCGCGAGUCCCCUGCUGGAGAAUUCACUGGUCGUGGUGGCUACAACGGUCGUGGCGGUUAUAACGGCCGUGGUGGUUACAACGAUGCCCCUGAGUCUGACUCUCGUUCUGGCACUCCUCAGCUUCCGCACAGGACUUCAUCGCCCUCCCGGGGCUACACUGGCCGUGGUGGAUACAAUGGUAGAGGGGGCUACAACGACGCAGUUGAUGCCGCUCGUCCUGAUACACCACCUCCGGGUUCUCGUGCCAGGUCUCCUUCUGCCUCGCCCGCCCCCGAGCAAGGCUACACGGGUCGGGGUGGCUACAACGGUCGCGGCGGCUACAAUGGCCGUGGUGGCUACAAUGAGGAUGGUAAGAAGGAGGCUCGGAACGCCUCCCCAGCCCCUUCGCCUAGCGGCCGUCGUGCGACAUCUCCUCAGCCCCCACGCCCGCGCCGCCGUGAUACAUUGUCGCCACACCCUGGUGUCCCCCCGAUUCACAUCAACCGUUCGCGUGGCUCUUCUAUUGCUGGCUCUAUUGUUGAUGCUUCGGGCAUCAGCGACAGCGAUCUUUCUUGGGACUCCGAAUUGGAUGAUCCCACCAGCGACUCCGACUCUGAGGAUGAGUUCUACGGAGCUCACCACCAUGUUAGCCUCAUUGAGAAGAUGCACAUGCUCCAAGGCGACCAUGACGCGGAGCGCCGUGAGGACCAACCUGAGGAGGAGGACCCCGAUGACAGAUUCGAGCGUGAUCCCUGGAAUGCAGUUUGCGUUGUCGGUCUCCGCGUCUACAGCAAGGACGGCGACGUGACGAUUGAUGUCGUCAGGCCGAAGCGCGAGGAGACCAAGAAGGGUAAGGGUCUCGACAGGACCCUUGACAUCGACGAUUCCGCCAAGGAUGCGACCAGGGGGCUGGGCAUCAUGACGCCCGAUCCUAGUUACGGAAGGUUUGGUGCCUAUGCCCGCAGAGUCGGUAGUGCGCCUGCAAAUAUCGAACUGUCGAAGCAGGGAUGA